GCUGAGUACUAGGCUGAGUACUAGGCUGAGUACUAGGCUGAGUGGGCUGAGAUGCUGUUGCCAUGGCAUCGAGAGUAAUUCCGCGUGCUUCGCGGACGGUUGUUAAAGGUGCAUGUUGCGUCUGCCGAGGAGUUCCUUCUCAAUGGAGCUUACCCUCUCUCUCCACUGAUCGGGCUCUGACAGUAUCUAGGCCACGAUGGCCUGUAGCGAAUUCCGCACUGUAUUCCCGGAGUGCAAAGCUGUGCGUUUGGACUUCAACGAACCAUGCCAGACAGCAGGGUAAAGGCGCAGUCUUUUCUCUGCGAUCCGGCCUGGGAGGAGGAAUGCAAUCGAUCCCGCGGGUGCUUCCUCUUAGCAGCAGACCAAGGGGCUCGGCUGCAGUUGGCUGCUCUAGCAUUGCCACAAAGGCAGCGGCAAGGCCGGGGCUAGAAACGGCCGAAGAAGAGCAGGCCUCGGUAUCCGAGGCUGAAACUGAAGAUGGGACCGAAGCCAUCCCAGCUAGGGGUUCCGAAGGCGGCGACUUGAGCUUGCAGUGGAUCAGCCGCACCGACCUGUGCGGCCGACUGUCAGAGAGUGAUGUGGGAAAGAAAGUGAGAAUCUGUGGCUGGGUGGCCUCCCAGCGGACCCAUGGAGGGGUAGCUUUUGUUAACGUGCGUGAUCACACAGGCAUUCUGCAGGUCACGUCGGACCCUGUUAACAACCCCCUUCUUCAUUCUGUCGCCGAAAGGAUCAGGGCUGAGUAUGUUGUUGCUGUCGAUGGUACCUUGAGACUUAGGCCCAUAGACAUGAGGAAUCCGCGCAUGGAAACUGGUUCCCUUGAGGUUCUUGCCGAGGAUAUCCAGGUGAUCAAUCCGGUCCGAAAACCGCUGCCUUUCUCCAUUUCCAAGGGAGCUGAGGAGGCUGGCGAGCUCCCCAAGGAAGAACUGCGGCUGCAGUAUCGACAUCUGGACCUUCGGCGCCCUCAGAUGCAGAAUAAUCUACGGCUGCGCCACAAGGUCAUUAGAACGCUGCGGAGGUACCUUGAGGAUUCGCUUGGUUUCAUCGAGAUAGAAACGCCGUUGUUGACGCGGUCCACUCCCGAGGGAGCCAGAGAUUACCUUGUCCCAUCGAGAGUUCAGCCAGGUGGAUGGUAUGCUCUUCCUCAGAGUCCUCAACUGUUCAAGCAGAUGCUAAUGGUUGCUGGCUUUGACAAGUAUUACCAGAUUGCUCGGUGUUUUCGAGACGAAGACCUGCGAGCCGAUCGUCAGCCUGAGUUUACUCAGCUUGAUCUGGAACUCGCGUUCACCCCGCUGGAGGACAUGCUGAGCAUGACUGAAGGCGUAAUGCGCCACUUGUUUCGAGAGAUCAAGCAAGUAGACCUACCCGUCCCUUUUCCGCGACUAACUUAUUCAGAAGCUAUGGCCCGGUACGGGAGCGACAAACCCGACUUGCGUUUUGACAUGGAGCUGAAAGAUGUAUCUGAUUUGGUCGCCGAUUCCGGCUUCCGCGUUUUUUCGAGCGCCGUCGCGUCAGGGGGUGCUGUGAAGGCCAUGACGGUUAAGGGUGGGUCCGCAAAGAUCUCGAAUGUGAGGCUCAAGAAGGGGGAUGUGUUCCAAGAGGCAACAAAGGGAGGCGCUAAUGGCCUAGCUUUCUUGAGGGUCCUCGAAGGGGGUGAGGUGGAUGCCGUAGAUGCGAUCAAGUCCAAUCUGACGGCCGAAAGGCGGCAAGAACUCCUGCAGAGGUGCGAAGCGGACCCCGGGGACCUGAUUUUGCUAACUGCAGGCGAACGAGCGGUAGUCAACAAGUCAUUAGACCGUCUCAGGAAUCAUCUAGCCAAUGAGCUUGGACUUAUCGACAAGUCAAAGCAUGCAAUUUUGUGGGUGACCGAGUUUCCGUUAUUCGAGUGGGAUGAAGAUGAACAACGACUGAAGGCUGCGCAUCACCCGUUCACGGCACCAGUUGCUGAGGACAUGGGUAACCUCCGAAACGCACGAGCUCUCGCAUACGACAUGGUGUACAAUGGGGUGGAGAUUGGUGGAGGAAGUCUGCGCAUCUACAAGCGAGAGGUUCAAGAGAAGAUCUUUGAGGCCAUAGGCUUGUCCCGGCAACAAGCCGAGGAAAAGUUUGGGUACCUUAUGGAUGCAUUCGACCUCGGUGCGCCACCGCAUGGAGGCAUUGCAUUUGGGCUCGACCGGCUGGUGAUGCUUUUGGCAGCACAGCCAUCCAUCAGGGAUGUCAUUGCGUUCCCCAAAACUACACAAGCGCAGUGCGCAUUGACGAAGGCCCCUUCCUCUGUCAGCCCCGCACAGCUCAAAGAACUCAAUGUGGAGUCGUUGGUUAAAGAUGAGGAGCACAAUAAAGAUGAGCAGAAAAACAACACAUAGAAAGGUGCUGCAAGAAUUUUGUUCUGGAGUGCAUGGUGCGAUUCGCUCAGCUGUCUUGCCCCUUUUCAUUUCCCAGUUUGUUUUGUCGUCUUGUGAAGCUAAUCUGUGGUCAGGUAUGUGUGGGCGGUUGUGGGAUCACUACCUUUUCCCCUCCUCCUCCUCUUCUUUCUGCUGCUGCUGCUCCUGCUGUUUUCACUCUUCGUCCCUCCCCCAGUUCCAUCCCUAUAACCCACAGAGCCUGCUGGUGCUCCUGCUGUUUUCACUCUUUGGCCUCCCGCAGUUACCCCUAUAACCCCGAUGGAGCGCAGAGGCAUGUACCCGCAAUCCACCGCAGUAUCACUUUGUGUGCGCCCAUUCUAACCACUAUUUGUGUGCUAUUGUUGCCCCCCGGAAUAAAACUUAUGGUCAUGA